GAAUGACCUAGCCAAGGUGGUCACGCACGCGGAAAUGGAGAUCCCCCAGAACCCUAGAAAAAUAGAGGAAUUGGGCCAUCAGGGGUUCAAGACUUUUCACUUCAGUGGGUUAAUGCGCUGAUAAUCCACUGAAAACUUAUCGUUUCUCAGCAGAUUCACAGGGCAGGGCAUAGCGAGGCUUAACGGUCCCGGUGAUCAAUAACCGAGCCGAGGUUUGCCGACCUUCGCCGCGAAUUUAUUCUUUCAACCGCGGGUCAAGCAAAGCCAGUCCCAGGUGGAAGAAUAGUCAUCCGAGUCAGCUAUGGAGGUCAACAGCCACAGAAUCUCAUCUGUUCUCUUUGAGAGUCCAGACAAGAGCCUCGUUGUUCUAGACAUCCCCACGUCUCUAGAAGAGAGCCAGGUUCUCCCGUCUCAGAUCCCCCGCCGCCGCAUCGUCUCCGCAGAGCCCCCCGCAACUCCGUAUCCGACUCCGGAGCCCCGGCAUGGAGGAGGCGAUCACUCGGCAUUUGCGACUGCGUCUCCUGGCGCGCAGUUGGCUGAGCUCAUGACCACUGAAACGGUCAGCAGCGCCUUACAGGACCUUGCCAGCACAUACUCAUAUUCUGGACCUUUCCAUCGGGGCCGGUUUGUUCAGCCACAACAACAACCACCGUCAGUAUCCGCUCUGCCGCCCUUGAUACCAGACAAAGCCGCAUUUCUGAAUGGCUCUAUUGAGGCUAUGCGUGAUUCUUUUCACAUGUCAGCCCCCAAGUUUGAUCUUGUUGUAUUAGAUCCUCCUUGGCCAAACCGAUCUGCCAGGAGAAAGACAGACAAGUAUGCUACUGUACCAAAUCUCAAUGAGAUGCGCAAUCUCUUGCUACAAAUUCCUCUAGCUUCUCACCUUACACCAGAUGGACUCGUUGCCGUCUGGGUCACUAAUAAGCACAGUAUCCACGACUUUUUGACUUCUUCAACAGGGCUAUUUGCUGCCUGGGGUCUCGAGGUUGUGACUGAAUGGACGUGGCUCAAGGUUGCUGCGUCUGGUGAACCGCUCUACGACGUUGAGUCAACAUGGAGAAAGCCAUGGGAAAAGCUCAUCAUAGCGAAGCGCUUCGGCAGCAAGAAGCCAGAUGCUCUUGAGUCCAAAGUCAUCGUGGCGGUCCCUGAUGUCCACUCACGAAAGCCCAAUCUUCGCGGUCUUUUUCAAGAUGCCCUUGGCAAAGAAUGUCUUGGCCUCGAGAUCUUUGCUCGUAACUUGACUGCUGGGUGGUGGGCUUGGGGAGACGAACUCUUGCGCUUCCAGCAGCCCGAGCACUGGCACGACAUAGAACAAUGAAACAAACAAGA